UGGCAUGAAUAAUAUCCCCCGUGUUGGAGAGAGAGCAUAUCAAGAGGCAAACGGGGAAGGGGACAGAGAGAGAUAGCAGCCAGUGUGACAGAUAAGAGCGUGGCAGAACUUGUCUCCCUGACUGCACCGCAGGGCCGGGGGAAGAUUGAGAGCAAGUGCACCAGAGUGUCAGGCAAGGCUGCUGCUUGCACACACAAAAACACACACACACACACACACACACACACACAUACACACACACACACACACACACACACACACACACACACACGCACACACACACACACGCACACACACACACACACACACACACACACAUACACACACACACUCAGACAGACCCCUCAGCCUGGCUGCACCAGAAGAAGUUCAGAGAGAGGAUUGACCUCAGGAAGGUGGCAGAAGUUUCCUCUGUGGAUUACCUCGUGUAUUAUGGCUUUCCUCAAACUGUGCCUUCUCGUCCUGUAGAGGAGUUGUGCGUCUCCCCCUCUUGAAGAACUUGUCUCGUGUUUACAGCCUGAGGUAGGAUGGAAGAGCUGUCAGGGAAAGACAAGGAGCUGAUACGAGGCAGCUGGGAGAGCCUGGGCAAGAACAAAGUUCCUCAUGGGGUCAUCAUGUUUUCCAGACUGUUUGAGCUGGACCCUGCACUCCUCAGUCUUUUCCACUACAAUACAAACUGUGGCUCCACACAAGACUGCCUUUCCAGCCCCCAGUUCCUGGAACAUGUCACCAAGGUGAUGCUUGUGAUCGAUGCAGCAGUGAGCCACCUGGACGACCUUCACUCCUUGGAGGACUUUCUGCUUAACCUUGGGAGGAAGCAUCAGGCAGUGGGAGUCAACACACAGUCAUUCGCUGUGGUGGGUGAGUCCCUCCUCUACAUGCUGCAGUGCAGCCUGGGACAUGCCUACACGGCGCCGCUGCGUCAAGCCUGGCUCAACAUGUACAGCAUCGUGGUAGCAGCCAUGAGCCGAGGCUGGGCCAAGAACGGUGAAGACAAGGCGGACUGAGGCGCACAGCGGGAGCUGCCGAGCAGUUGCUGUCAAAUCACUCAACAUGGUUGCCAUGGAAUAAGGUUGUGUAACUUGCAACGUUGUGGCUUUGGCUGCUGUACAUUUGCUCUGUAAGAGGGGUCGCAUAGCGUAGCAAAUGUUCGGUGUGGUUACACUUUACAAUUGGAUCGACCAAUCACAGGGUUUAUUUUCUUUGCUGUGGAUGUUUAGCUGCCAGGCAUUGGUGCUGUACAGCUGUGAGGAUCGGAGCCAGCUUGCUUCAGUUCCUCUGAGUCUGGAGACACUCUGAGAAAAGCAACAAGGAUAACUGUGGAGUCUUAAUGUAUAUAAUGAGUUUGAUAUAUCUACUCAAAUGAUAACAGUGACUGUAGUGGUCUUUGUGAUGUAUCUUAAAUGAGUUGCACAGUUGUUAAACACUAGAUAAUACAUUUAGGCAUCACACACUACUCAAACUGUGGUGUUACUGUGGCCUGCAUUGGCAGCUCUCUUUCUAACUGGAACACAGUGAUACUUCAAACGUGUUCAGAGUUUUGGGACUAAGUAAUGUGAUUUUACAAAAGAAAAUACUUUCCCAAAUCUUCGUCAUUACUGUGCUUUAUAAUAUUAUUACACAUCAAAACACCUUUUUUUAAAAUGUCUGUGACUUUGACUAACAUUUAACCUAUUGAUAAGCAAAGAUUUAAAAAUCUCUAUAAUCUGACAAGAACUGUUAUACUCUUGAUAGCUUUCUUCAGAAACUAAUGACUGUUAAGGCGUGCAAGUGCACCUUACUCAACACGGUGUGUGACACUCUCCUCAGUGGAGGCUGUGAGUAUGUCCAUAGGCGUCAGCUGACUGUUAAACUCUAACAAAUAGACUGUUACACUUACAGAGUUCGAAAGAGAAGUUCAGAGCAUCUUAGAGGCAGUAUAACAUCUUUGUUCCUUAGAUAUCAGUCUCCAGUCAUUGUUAUUGUGUUGUAGUUCUGUUGUACUGUAGUCGCUUCUCUCAGUAAUGCUUUUCAACUGUUAUUGUGGCUACAUACAAAAUAUAACUUCAGCUUUAGAGGUGAAGAUGAGCAGGUAAGUGUGUUUCUUUGACUCAGAAUUUACUCGUCAAAGUAAACCAGGAGCGAGUGUUUGUUUUAGAUUUAAAAAAAAGAAGACUUAGUUUAUUAAAAAUUUAAUUAACAAGCAAAUAAAACAGAGAAUAUGUGUGUAUUAUCAUAAUUCUGCCAUAAUGCUGUAUGUAUCAUCCUCAGCUGUUAUUUACAUCCAUGGUCAUAAUGCCAAGUAACUUAGCAACAGGGCGCCAAGUAUUCGAUAAUAACACCAUACAACUGUUAAUCCAAGCUGCUGAUAUGUGGUUAUUAUCACUUUAGUCUGAGUUUACAUUCAAAAGUUUAUUUUUAUAUAAUAUAAAAUGCAUCUAUGUGUCGUUUUUCUUAAAUGUGAUGUACUGUAGAGUUCACCCUCCAGAUGUUUGAACUGUUCACCCUGCUGCUUCAUAUCAGGUUUCUUUUGAUCAUAAAAAAAUAUAUUAACUUAUAAAUGUGCAAUUCUUACAGGAAAUUAAAAAAGUCAAAGUUUUAUUGAAGUUGUCUACCCCUGCAGAGUAUUUUUAGACCGUGCGCUCCAGUGCACAGGUAAAAUGUUAAUGAACUGACUGUGUAGGUGAUGUAUUUAUAGUGAUUUCGUACACAGCCUUAUGCAGGUUGAUGUUCUCCAUGUCUCUGUUCUUUCAUUUAUCUUACAUUGUGUCUUUUUAGCAGGCAUGACUGACAUCUGGCAUGUUAUCCUGUUAACAUCCAGCUCUGUACAUAUUGGCUGUGUCACUGUCUACCUCAUCAUUAUCAGCUGCUACUGAACAGCGAUGACUUCACCUAGUUAUCUUUCAACCAAAAACGCACAAUAUUAUUGUCGUAACUGUUAUUAUUAUUAUUAUUAAUAUUAUUAUUAUAAAUAGAGUAAAUGCAAUCACGCACUCUUUGUAAGCUGGAUUCUAUCCUACACUUUCAAGAACAACAUGUUGUGUGCUUACUUGAGACUAAAUAAAGUGAUCUAUGGAUAUUUUACUGCU